AUGGAAGGAGUUGAAUACAUUUGUGCUUUACUAUCGGUGGCUGAUCCGGAUCAUUUAAAAGAACAUCCUCACGAACUUGAAGCAGCUUGCCCAAAAGAAUUAAAGAUUCCAAUUCCCAAUGAUCAUUUUUUUAAAGAUCCGCACUCUUGGCUCAUCAUGUUUAUUAUGGAUCCUACUUGGAAUUUCUGA